AUGAGGCGCCGCGGGGACCUCUCGGGUCUCUCCACCGGCGACGACGCGAUACCCAAGUCAGGGCAGUCGUUGAUGCACGCGAUCGAGCGGCGUCUGUCAAUGCCCGACGACAGCGAGCUUGCCCAGGAUCACAGCCAACGUGACGCAGUCGAGAUUGAUGGGCCCGCGAAGCAUUCGGUACCUUCGAGCGAGCUGUUGACACUCGCCGUGGCGAGACUGCAUGCCCGGAACUUGGCGUUGCAGCAGCAGGUUCAACGUGAUGCGCUGACAGGCUUGCGCAGCCGGUGGGCGUUGGAGCAGGUGCUGGACAUCGCCUGCGGCGGACCCGGCCUUGCCGCGCAGCCGUGCGCCGUCGUCUUCGCCGACAUCGACCAUUUCAGCAGCUACAACAAGCACCAUGGGGAUGAUCGUGGGGACCAGGCAUUGCGCGCCGUUGCGCAAACCAUCCUCGCGUCAGCCCGGUACGGUGACUACGUGUUUCGAAAGGGCGGCGAAGAGAUCGUCGUGGUCUUGCCCGGUGCCAGUCGCGCUGAGGCGCUGCGGGUUGCAGAACGCAUGCGGUCUGCCGUCGAAUCUGCGGGACUUGCCCACGCGGCAUCACCAACGGCGCCGGUCAUCACGAUCACGGUGGGCGUGUCAGCGUCCGAUGCUGAGGGCUCCGUGAGCUUGGCAGAGUUGAUGUACCGCGCAGCAGGCGCAGCCAUGCGCGCGAAGCUGGCAUGUCAACGCAACGCUGUGCAUUCAGCAGAGCCGCUGUUCCAGCAUUGA